AUGACUUCCAAUAAACACUACGAUUCCGAUGAGAUUCCAGAAUUAUCACCACAUCAUUCAGGAGUUUAUGACGAGGAUCAACUUGGAAAGAACGAACUCAAAAACAACAGCAUGAUAGAACUAGAGAUAGCUAGGUUGCGCAUAACCCAGUUAGAAAAGGAAAUUGAACUAGAAACGUUACGCUGCCGGAGAUGUGAAGGUUCCGGCCAAUCAGUAAGCAACAGUGAGAAUACAAUAUUAAAAAAUCUGUAUUUACCAAAAAGAGAAGUAAUAAGGUUUGAUGGUACACCGACAAAUUAUUGGAAUUUCAUUAGAAAUUUCGAAGAAUGCAUUGGGAGUGAGAAUACUGGAUUUAGAGCUAAGCUAAAUUACUUGAUUCAAUAUUGUGACGGAGAAGCGAAAGCCGCUAUCCUUCAUUGUACUAUACUAGAACCAGAGAUAGGUUACCAUCAAGCCCUAAAGCUUUUAGAAGAAACGUUUGGCCAAAAACACGUCGUAGCACGCACGUUUAUCGAUAAUUUGUUAAACUUUCCCAAUAUAAGGAGAAAUCAACCAGAUGGUUUGAGAAGACUAUCUCGAGAAAUGCAAGCAUGUAGUUUGACUCUCGAACAGAUGAAUUACGUUUCUGAUUUGAACUCUUCUAGAACUAUUGAAACUAUGGUUCUGAAAUUACCAACGCACAUUCAACAAGAGUGGCUAAAGGUAGCUUAUAAGAUUAUCAGAGGAGGCAGAGAGCCUCUGUUUACCGAUCUUGUUGAGUUUGUAAAGGAGCAAGCUGAUAUAGCUAAUACUAGAUACGGCCUACUCGUCAACCGCGGUAGUAA